CAGAUAAAUAUUUGAAUGAUGAUGAAAGGAUAUCUUGAACGAGUAAACCUAACAGUAAACUGUUUACCAUUCUGCUCAUACUAUUUUCUUCUGAAUCUAGGAGUGGGUUUGGUGUUCAGAUACAUGAAUUUGUUUGCCCGGAGUAUAGGGUUAAGUAUGCUGGAUAUAGGUUUAAUUUUGGGCUUAAAUACAAUACUUAGUCUUCCUGCCAAUCCUUUAGCAGGAUAUAUUAGUGAUAAAAUUGGUUAUCGGUUGGUGCUUGUAUUUGCUUUAAUUGGAAACAUUGCCAUUGCUUUAUCGAUGUUUUUGAUUCCACCAUAUUCUUCUUAUGCAAAAGUCAGGAUUGGACUAGAAAAUGAUGCUACUCCGGUUUGGAUGUUUGAGUAUGUUAACGAUACUGAGUGUCUGGUUGAGCCGGAACUGAAUAUUACAACUCUAAAGUGCGGUGAUGAUGUACUUCCUGUAAAUAUUACGAUCGAUACAUCACUAGCUGACGUCUACCAGGGAUAUUGCAAUCUGACAAGUAAAAACUAUUGUUCGUAUGAAUUAGAAAGCUUUCUUGUGUUGAAUGAAACAGUUCGUGAAUGUGAAGUAUUAAAUGGUGAAAGCUAUGUCUCAGGAUCCUACAUAAUUGUAUUUUGGUGUUACUUCCUGCUGAAAACCUUGUACACAUUCUUGAUCAACGUUAUGUACAAUACCAGUGAUGCUCUGGGUUCAUGUAUUGCAAAGCUGGAGAAAGGAAAAUAUUCAUCUAUGGUUUUCUUUGCUGAUAUAGCGAUGGCUCUUGCUCCGCUUAUUACAGGUCCACUACUGGAUAAUGUAUCGAGAUUUGAGACGGAGUAUGAUUGUAGAACAGGGGAGGAGGUUAAAAAUCCUGACUAUUUGGUGACUUACCUUCUCUCUUCUGCAGUUCUACUUCUUGCUGUCUUUAAUAUUUACUUUAUUAAACCAGUAGUUUACAAGAAUGAGAAGAAGCUAACUUUACGACAAGAGUUGUCUUGGUUAUGGAAUUAUUCUGCAUUCAUUUUCUUUUUACUGAGUAUAUCUGCUGGGAUGCUAUGGGGAGCUAUUGAUACAUUUUUUUUUGUAUUUUUGAAUGAAACACUAGGAGCAUCUUUAACAUUAAUUGGGCAGAUUGAUUCUGUAACCUGUGUAUUUUCUGCACUUUUAUCUCUUCCUAUAGGUUUUAUACAAAAUAAGAUUGCAAACGCCAACAUGGUUGCAAUUGCUAUUAUCGUAAAGUGCAUUGCUAUGUUUCUCUGGAGUAUUACAACGCAAUCACCGCCAAUUAUAUUCUUUGGUUAUGCUUUUAUAUCUACCGGACAAAUGCAGUGGGUAGGUACAAUCGGGUAUAUGAGAGAAAUAGCUCCUGAAAAUCUGGUUGGAACUGCCAUUGGAGUAAUUUCAACCUGUAACUUUAUAAUCGGUAAAGGAAUAGGAGGUUUUCUAGCGGGUGUACUGGAAGAAUGGCUCGGAGUUAGAGUUAUGUUUCAGAUAUUCUCUGCAGGCAUUGGUGGAGUAGCAGUUCUGUAUUUGAUCCUAUAUAAUACAGUCCUCAAGUUAUCAGAGCAAAAAAAUUCAAAUAUAAAGGCUGAGGAAACAGGAAACAGAAUGAGCAAACAGGAAUUGGAAGCCAAGAUGGAAAGUUAUUUAGAGGAGGAGAAUGUGAAAACAAAUUCAGGGCAAGAUAACGUAGGAUUUGAAUUUAGUACUUCUUUAUGAUUUUUGUAACCAUUUUUUGCUGAAAAUAUAUUUAUUUGGAACCCA